AAUAAACUUUGUACAAUGUUUGCAGCUAAAGUGAAUCUUUCAGUUUCUCGCCAGCUUUCAAAUCGAAAUUUUUAGUUAGCAGAUAAAUUGGUGGAUAAUUUUUUUUUUUUUUUUUUUGAAUAAAGUAAUGUUAUUAGUUGAAAGUGAAAAAUAUGAAUUUAAUUGAAGAAGAGUUUCUGUCAAUAAAAACGAUGAUCAUACUUUGUUAACGAGGCUAAAGUUAUCGUUUUAUAAAUUCAUUGAGCUAGUUCAUUGUAUUAAUGUAUCGUAUUAUUAGAUUUUACUUCCUUUAUUGAUGUCUAUAUAGUAUAAAAUCUUCCUUUGUAAUGAUCAAAUCAAACGUCACUAUGCUUCUGAUGUUGAUAAGUAUUUUAUUUUUCACCAAUGCCCAACGAAUUGAUGACUCUGACUACGAUAUAGAAUAUUACGAUGACUAUGUGAAUCCAAUUGAAAAAAAAUUUCACUCUAAAUUAACAAAGGAGAAUAAUGACGAUUUUUACAUUGUCAAUGAAAAGACUGAUAAUUCAAAAAUAUAUAAAGAAGAAAUUGAUGAUCAACGAGAAUUUGAUAAUCGUAAUAUUAUUUAUUCGACGCCAAAUAAAUUUCCACAAAUUUUCUUUGAUGAUUCAUUAAAAACAGCAACAUCAUCGCCCAAACAAAUUUGGUAUAAUGAAGAGCCGGAAAAAAUUUAUCGCUAUACAAAACAUCGAAUUCCCGGUUAUGAUUAUGAUGAAUUAGAUAUUUUUGGUGAUAGCAGUGAUCGUAAAUGUGAUGAUAAAUCAAUAUGGACACAUUGUCUUUGUCAAUUUACUUGCGAUGAGCCAAAUUCUGUUGAUUGUUAUAUGCCAUGUGAAAGUGGAUGUGAAUGUAAAGAAGACUUUGUCUUUGAUAAAAGAAUACAAAAUUGUGUUUUACCAUCACAAUGUGAAAUGCCCGUUGAUUAUUUUUACGAUUUCGAGACAUAAUUAAUAAAAAUAAUUGAAAAAUUUUAACGACGAGCGAAAAAUAUAUUACUUUAAUUAUUUGUAAUUUUUUGUAUUUUAUAAUCGUAGAUUUAUUACUGAAAAAAAUGAAUGGGAAAAUUAAAAUUAUUUUAAAAAAAAAAACCAACGAACAAAAUAAGUAGAAUAGCGAUUUUUUCAAAAAAAAAAUUUU